AAAUGUGAGACAUUUCCGGAAACUAACAUGUGGUAUUCUCAAGCUACAAGAAGACAACUGUUCAAACUGGAUUUAACCUUCAAGAUGUUUGACAUGCACAAGAGCAUAGCUUGGUUCGCCUUAUGCAAUUUAUGUGCAUCUUUAAACGACCAGUCCCAUUGCCAGGAUUCCUGUGACACUGUGAUGAUCAGUGCCUCCCUGCGGUCCUCUAUCCUCCUACCCUGCCAUGCUCCCUUCCUCGGUCUAACUGACUGGAUGCUGUGGGUCCAAAACACUGGAGCACCUCUUGUUAAUCUGUCGUCUCAAGGGAAGGUUUGGUUCUUGGAGCCCAGGGAAGGUCGGGUGAAAACCUUCCCCAACGAGGGCUCCAGGGGGAACUACACCAUCCGUAUCGACGGCCUUCAAGAGUCGGACCUGGGAUGCUACCAGUGUGGACCAGCUGAUGCAUGUCACCAAGUGGUAGUUCAAAAAGAGGAAGUUGAUCUGUGGCUUCCUCUGUGCAUCACCGCUGGCGUGACCACAGUCAUCCUGUUUGUAUGUUUCUGCUGUUACAAAGCAUCAUUCUCAGGGUGUAAAGGGUGUUCCCUGUCACAGAGAGGGACCCGUAAGAGACAAGAAAACGAUGAGCAGGAGCCUGCAGACAUUGGUCUAUCUGAGGACGAGCGCCUGGCCAGAAAUCAGGAUCAAGGUCCCCCAGAAACCAUCCAUGAUUAUGAGGAACAGAGUGAAAGUGUCGCCCCCUGUAGGCCAGUCAGAGGACACCCGCAGCUCGAACGUACCAGGAGUACCGAGAGAAAGCAUGCCCUGCUAAACCGAGAAAUAUUCAGCAGACUACGACAAGCAAGUCGUCAUUUUUACGUAAAUCAAGAUGAGAUAAUCCAGCAAAGGAGUUCCGCUCAAAAAGAAAGAAGACCCAGAGCAGGUCUUCGGGGAAAGAAAGCUAAACAGAGAUAUGAAAACCCAAUUUACAACAGCAGCCCCAGCCAAGUCAAUCAUCUUUAGAAAAAACGAAAUUCAAUGUCUGCUAUUAUUGGCUUUUUUAUUUUGAAUUGGAAAUGAUGAAUAACUAACAAUUAAUGAUAGUCGUUUUAUGGUAUUAUUAAUUGUAAGUAUUUGAUAUUUAUUUAUGUCUCUUGAUUCUUAUAAAGUUUGAAACUCUCCUUUCAUUGUCCAGGAAUGUGAUUGUAUUGCGUGAUCCCAUGGUGCAUUUUUUUCCACCAGGCCCCUACCCGACUGAGCUCAUUUCUAAACAUAAUUAUAAUCAACAUAAUACCUAAACUCAAACUUUCCUGACAUGUAUUUUAAUUUCAUUACGUUUAUGUUAUACCUUUGAUUGAAUUUGUCUUUGUCAAAUUGAUCAAUAAAGGACAAAAGAGAAUACCA